GAUUACCCGCCGUUUUUAGCAAACAUCUCCCUCACAUACUCGUUAACGCGCUUUAUUACUUCAUCUCUCCGACCCUUCAUCUCUAUCUCAUUCCCUAUUGCUCAAAUCUAUCCACCAAAAGAAACCCUCAAAAAGAUCAUGUAACCCUCGAGCAUCGAUCCGUGUCUGAUUCUUGAUUACAAUGAACAUAUUCAACUCACCUGUGGCAAAAAGAACUCGGCUACAAUGGCAACUGCUUUAUGCUCAAGUAUCCGGAGGCUCUUGUAGAUCAAAGAGAAGAGAAGUCAGUGAAGCCAAGAGGGUUGAUGAGUUGGAAGAGGAAAAAAGCAGUGAAAAUGGAUCGAAAGGCUCUUCUAGAUCAACAAGAAGAAGACUUAAUGAAACUAAAAAGGAUAAAGAAUCAUUGGUUGAUGAGUCGGAAGAGGAAGAAAACAAUGAAAAUGCAUCUGAAGGGUCUAGUAUAUUGAGAACAAGACAUGAUGAAGCUGAGAGGGUCAAUGAGAUAUGGAUUGAUGAUUCGGAAGAGGAAACCAACAAUGAAAAUGCUUCCAAUGGCUCUAGUAUAUCAAGAAUAAGAGAACAUGAUGAAGCUGAGAGGUUUAAUGAGAUAUUGCUUGAUGAUACAGAAGAGGAAACAGACAAUGAAAAUGCAUCAGAAUGCUCUAGUAUAUUGAGAGGAAAAGGACAUGAGGAAGCCAAGUGGAUUGAUGAUGAUGAUGAGUUAUUUAUUGAGGAUUCUGAAGGAAAAUCAAACUCAAGUCUCAUGACAUCAAAUAAGCAUGACAUCAAAUGUGAAUACUCAGUUGAUGAGUCUCAAGAGAAAGGAAGCGAUGAGGAAGAAUCUCAUCAUUCAAUGAAAGAGACAGAUGGAGAUAAGGAAAAAAAUAAUAUCGAGUCUGUAAAGAUUGCAAUGAAGAACCAGGGGUAUCGUUCAUCAAGUUUCUUUACUACUGGGACUCACACGUACUUCCUCUACUCUUCGGAUGACUCUGAUUCAGAUGAUACAGCUGUAAUUCCUGAUGAAGAAGCUAAAAUGGUAACAGAGGCUGAUGAAGAUCUUCCAAUACCCUGCAAAUAUCAUGAAGAAAUUCAAAAUCUGUCUAGUGAAGAUGAUGAAGAUGAGCCAUCUAGUUCUAGCCAAAGUGAGAGUGAUAACUUGGACAAUUUCGAAAUUUUGCUACAAAACAAAAGACACAAACAGCUCACAAACAUGAAAGAAUCUCCAACGGAAAACACAAGGGAAAAAAUUUGGUCUGGAUCAGUUGACAGAAGAGAGAAGAAUCAAUCAGCAUCAAAAACGAAUAUGAAAAAACCAAAUCUUAAACCAAUGAAUGAUUCUACUAUGCGUAUCAACACUCAUGAAAAACCGUACGCAAAAGUUAAAGAAAGCGAUCAUUACAAAACAGUUGAUAAAGCAAAUGCUGUCAAAAAUCAAGAAUCUUUGAACCCUAGAAAAGCUCCACGAAAAGAUGAUGGCGUCUUUGUAGAAUCUCUUUUGGAUUCAAUCAUUGAAAAUGGAGAAGUUCAUCACAAAGAGGGUGACAUUUGUCUUCCUUUACGAUUCAGAUUUGAUGAUAGCGAAGAUGAGUCCUCACGUCAAAAAAAUGAUGAAAUGGAAGGAUUAUUUCAGGAGAUGGAGUUUGCUUUCAGUUGUGAAGAAAUAGGUUCCUAUACAACACCAACGGUUAAAAACAGAGAGAAAGAUGUCGAUGUCGAUGAGACUGAAACAAAUCCUUUCAAACAAUGUCAAAAGGGGGAGCACAGAGAUGCAUACUUCGAAGAACAAAUAGGCUUCAGAUGUGGUAUUUGUGGAGCUAUCAUUUUAGAAAGCAGAUAUGUAAUACCAAAGCUAGCAAACUAUGCACCCGAUAAGUCAAAAAGAAGUUAUCGUUUUAAUAAUCAACACUUCUCUACUUCAGAAAACAUGUAUUUUGAAGCUCCAGAUUGGAACCCUCUUGACAUUUACACGCAAAGUAAAGGCACAGUUUGGGAACUAAUCCCUAUCAACAUUCGAGCACAUUUAUAUCAUCAUCAACAAGAAGGGUUCAAGUUUUUAUGGAAAAAUUUGGCGGGAACAAUUGAGCUUUCAAGAAUACAUAAACUGGAUCCACGUGGUGGUGGAUGCAUCAUUUCACAUGCUCCUGGAACUGGUAAAACCCUGUUGACCAUUGUGUUUCUUGAGUCGUUUCUUAAGAAAUUUCCCAAAUGUUUCCCUGUUAUAGUUGCUCCAGUGAGCAUGCUUCUAACAUGGGAAGCUGAAUUCAAGAAAUGGCAAGUUGGGUUUUCGUUUCUGAACCUCAACAGUUCUGAUAUUUUGAGCAAGGAUAAGGUGAAUAAUGCUAACUUAAAAUGUAGUAAAGAUUUGAUACGUGCAAUGAAGAUAAGUUGUUGGAGUAAUGGUGGAAGUGUUCUUGGAGUGAGCUACAACCUGUAUGAAAAACUAGCUGGGAAUGCAAAGAACAAGAAUCUUGAAAAAAUGGGAAAUGUGUUACUCGAGAAACCUGGUUUAGUAGUUCUUGAUGAAGGCCACACACCUCGUAAUGAAAGAAGCAACAUUUGGAACGUGCUUAAAAAGCUCAAAACUGAAAAACGUGUCAUUUUAUCAGGAACACCGUUUCAAAACAACUUUAGGGAGUUGUUUAAUACGUUGCAUUUAGUAAGGCCAGCAACUGCGAAAGAUAUCAUGAACCAAAAGAUCUUUGCAGAAAUGAUGAUUCGUUGUAGGAACAAAAAGAAAUCCAGAAGUGAAUCUGCAGCUUCAGGCGAUAUAGAAAAACUAAAAGCGAUCAUUUCACCUUUCGUUCAUGUACACAAAGGAAAGAUUCUCGAAAGCAAGCUUCAUGGUUUGAAAAGCAGUGUCAUUCUUCUGAAUCCACCUCCGCUUCAAAAACGUUUAAUUAAAAAUAUUGGAAGUUUAGCGAAGACUUUUGAGUAUGAACAUAAGGUUGCUUUGGUGUCUGUUCAUCCAUCUUUGAUCCUUCAUUGUUCGUUGUCUGAGGAAGAAAAAAACUCGAUAGACAAACAAGAACUCAAAGAGGUGAAACUUAAACCUGACUUUGGUGUCAAAACAAGGUUUGUUAUGGAGCUCAUUCGCCUAAGCGUAUCGUUAGAUGAAAAAGUUUUGAUCUUUAGCCAAUUUAUCGAGCCGUUAAAGUUGUUAAAAGACCAAAUUGCCCUUGUUUUUGGUUGGAACGAAGGGAGGGAGAUGAUGAUCAUAGAAGGAAGGAUACAUCACAAGCAAAGGCAAACGAUUAUAAACGAUUUCAACGAUCCAAACAGUGAAGUUAAAGUUUUGCUGGCAUCUACAAGAUGCUGUUCUGAAGGGAUUCAUCUUAUUGGUGCUUCAAGAGUGGUUCUUUUGGAUGUUGUUUGGAACCCUUCUGUGGAAAGACAAGCUAUUAGUAGAGCAUAUAGGCUAGGCCAGAAGAAGGUGGUUUACACCUAUCAUUUGAUGGCAUCUGGCACCACUGAAGAGGAGAAGUAUCAUAGACAAGUUGAGAAAGAGCGAUUAGGGGAGCUGGUAUUUUCUUCAUCUGCCAUGGCUUCUGAGGAACUGAAGAACAAUGAGAAGGUGCAUGCUACGAAGCUCAAUGAUAAGAUUUUGCAACAAAUGGUUGAUCAUCAAGAACUCAACACUAUGUUCAAUGAGAUCAGGUACCCUGAAAAACACACUACGAUUUGAUUAUAAGCUCUUGUUUCGAGGCACCCUUUUUGAGAUCUUAGUACCAUCACUUAAAGUUUGUUUUUGUUUUAUAAAUAUUAUCGACACAAGAUUCAGUUUUUGUGCAGUUUAUAUAUUAAUUUUGGCUGUUUUGUAGCUUACUGAAUCCUUGUUAGUUUGUUUUUGGAAGUUAUAAAAAUGUUCCUACUUAUGUAAUUUGCUGGACAGUGCUGAUAUUCUGAACUAUGGGGUGUUUGUAAACAAGCAAAUACCGAAUAUUUUGUAUAUUCAUAUAGACUGCUGCAUAAUUAUAUAUUGAC